AUGAUUGCUCAGGUUGUUGGGUUUGGCAUGCCACACAACGAGUUUCCUUUACUGUGUAAAAUCUUAGGCUUUUUUAAUCAUUACUUUUGGUUAGCAAGUUUCUUCUGGAUGAGUGCGUGUUCAAUUCAAAUGUUUCUUUUGUUUGGACGUUUGAACAUAUAUAACAUGAUUAACAAUUCAAAGAGGCUUUUAAAAUAUUGUUUGUAUGCUUAUGGAACUCCCAUCCUCUUGACCGGAACAAAUAUAGUGUAUUCUACUCUGUCAUCAAAGGGAGAGAAUUUUGGGUAUAGCUUGGAUGUCUGUUAUAUAACAUACCCAAUCAUGAUUUUGGUCACGUUUGCUGUACCAGUGUUUCUUAUCAUAUUUUCAAAUAUACUUACAUUCGUUGUCGUCUGCUGUCGAAUCAACCAUCAUCAGAAAAUUAAUGCUGUGCAGACACGCUACUCCAGAAGCAAAGUCCUGGCUAAGUUAUCGUUCUUAAUAGGAAGUCCAUGGAUCAUAGCUUUUGUCAAUUACUGGAUAAGAGAUAAAAUCCUAGAGUAUAUUUUCUUGGCUUUAAGUGGUUCUCAAGGUCUCUUCAUAAUGAUUUCUUUUGUUUGCACUCGACGUGUGUUUGAUUUAUUGUGCGAAAAAAUUAAGCGCAAGAAAAAAAAUCAAAACAAAAACGUUUCAACAAGAUUGUAAGCAAUAUUAUUAGAGCUGUCUCAGCAUUUUCUGAUUUCCCUUAUUUCAAAAUAAUCUUUAGGUGGAUUAAU